UUCUACAACACUGUACGUUACAAAAUCAUGUCGAAGACGGCUCGUCCUUCUUCUACCUCUUCAAAAGUUCGACCAAGAAAAUCAGACAGCGGUUUGAAAGCUAAAGAAGAGGAAUACCAUCGCUUGAACGCAGAGAUUGGAGAGAAAACAGCCAGUCUUGUCAGAGAGGCAGAGGAAGUCUUAAGAGGCCGCAGUAAGUUAUUUGGAGAUUCUCCUGGAGAAAGAACUAGUAGUCAAGAAGAUGGAAGAGACAGGAAGAGAGUUUCAACCAAACCGGCAAUCAGACCUCAGACUUCAUAUGAAGAAAAACGUUUUGUCAAAGUUACCAAACGUCCCUCAUCAGCAAGAAGUUUUCAACAAGGUGCUAGACCUCCUUCUGGUUUGGUAAGACCAACAGUGAAACAUGCAGCUGGGAGUCUUGCAAAGGAAAUGACAAAAGUUGAGAAAGAGAGAAAUCCCUUCUCUGGUUUGGAGAGUCGUUUGGCUAUUGCUACAACAAUUAGUAAGUUGGAGAAUAGCGAAAAAGUUGACGGUGAUGAAACAGUUGAUGAUGAAGUGCUACCACUUGCCACUGGAAUUGGAUCAGAAGCCACGAUUCGUCUUCUCAAAGCUAAGCUUCGCGUUUUGCAAGAGGAGAUGGACAGAGUGUCAACCGAGUGUGUCCAAAAGGAUGAGAAAAUUUCAUCGGCAGAAGUGCAUUGCAAAGAGCUGUUAGAUGAGAAAACUAGACUACAGAGGCAACAGCAAGCUAUACAGGGUCAGGUUGAUAAGUACAAGAAGCUACACGAUGAAGCCAAGCAAAAGAUUGAGAGUUUAGAGGCACAGCUUGUAGCAGUGAGGAAGGAGUUGGAGUCAAUGAGGAAGUCACAGAAACAAGCAGCAGCAAAUCAGAGCACUGUAGAAGUCAGACUAAACAGAGCGUUGGAAGAAGUAGAAAAAUACAAAGCUUCUAUUCAGAAAGUCAAGACAGACUCAAAGGACUCCAGUGAGCAAGAGAGAAGAAAAGCAGAGCAACUAAUUUCAGAGAACAAACGGUUGGAGAAACAGAAGACAGAACUAAUGACUGCUUUCAAGAAACAGCUCAAACUAAUAGACAUUCUCAAGAAACAAAAGAUGCAUAUUGAGGCUGCCAAGUUGCUCUCAUUCUCGGAAGAGGAGUUUGUGAAAGCUCUAGAUUGGGGAACAUAAAGAGUGGAUUUGACAGUGUAGAGUAGUGAGAUUCUGUUUAUAACAAUGCCGUUUCUUCUCACUGCAGAAGCAUGAGUCGUGGUGGCUAGUGGAAGCUGUACUGUAACGUGUGGUCUAUCUGAGUCAAUUUAAGAGUAAGAUGUUGGACAUAUCUUUGAUGAGUCAGAGGUUUGUAUGUUAAGACUUUUGUUGUUUGCUAAUAUUCUUGUCUGAGUAAACAUGUAGCUAGUAGUCUGUCUGACAUGUAGCUGGUAGUCUGUCUGUCUAUUUGUCUGUCUGUCAAAGGUAUUUUAUUCAAUAGAACAAAGUACGUACAGAUGGAGGCUAAAUCCUCUACAACACAAUGUCCUCAUCAGUCCAAUUAACUACACACGUGCUUGCUCCUUUACUAAAAAAAAGUAAAGGCCAAAUGGCCUUGGAAAAACACAAAUUAACUAGCAUCAUCUAAAAGUCUCUCCACUUUCCUGUAGAUGACUCGAGCAUUGGCUUUUUGUAGCUGAAUGGACAUGCGCUCCCUCCAAUGUGUCUUGAAUGAGGAGGCAUUUGUUGUUCCAUAGGCAUCCGUUGAUCUACUUGACAAAUGCUGUAGGUACAUUUCUGCUUGUUGUCCCCAUCGACCAAAAUGUUCCAAGACUAGUGGGACUGCUGUCACUGUUUCCUUACCAAGAAGUCGU